UUGGACAAACGAAUCACUUCACACACUCCGCAUGAGAAGACGGUGAUUGAAACCCAGCCAUGAGUAUGGUUGGGCUCAGAGCAUCACGUCCUGUUUCUUUUUUUUUUAACAACUUGUUCUUUUUCCUCCUCGUUCGCAGUAGAAAAAGAGUUGCUUUUAUACUAUCAAGUAAAACUUUUACAUAAAAAAUAUGGUACAACACAACAAAGCCGUGGUGAAGAAUGUCCUGAGCGGUGAUACCGUCAUCUUGCGAGGCAAUCCCCGAGCGGGUGGUCCACCUCCUGAGCGCCUGUUGGCUUUAUCCAAUGUUCAAGCACCUCGCUUGGGAAACACCAACAGAGAUGAUGAACCUUUUGCUUUCGGAUCACGUGAAUUCCUGCGUAGAUUGCUGGUGGGCAAGGAAGUGACAUUUGUGCCCGAGUAUACCGUGACUACUACCAAUCCUCCUCGAGAAUACGGCUCUAUCUGGAUCAAUGGCAGCAAUGUGACUGAACUCGGUUUGCAAAACGGCUGGCUCAAAGUGCGUGAAGGAAAGCCCCGUUCCGGUCAAGAUGCCGAAGCUUACGAAGACUUGCUGGCAUCCCUCCACGAUAUGGAAGACAAUGCCAAGCAAGCAAAGAAAGGUCAAUGGAGUGAAACCGACAAGGGAAUCCGUGAUAUUGCUUUUACAUUUACAGGCGAUGCUCGAUCAUUUUUGAAUCAAUACAAGGGCCAACCUUUGGAGGCUGUCAUUGAGCAAAUUCGGGACGCUUCCACUUACCGAGUGCUUCUUCUUUUGCCCAACAAGAAACAGCAGGUGGUUACCUUGUUUUUGACAGGUAUCAAGGCCCCCGCUUGCAAACGCGACAAUUCGGACACACCUGCUGAACCGUUUGGUGAAGAAGCCAAGUUCUUUGUGGAAAGCCGUUUAUUACAGCGUGGUGUCAAGGUUAUCUUGGAAGGCGUGGCCCAAAGUGGCGGACAAAACUUUGUAGGCACCGUCAAACAUCCUGCAGGCAAUAUUGCGGAGCUGUUGCUGGCCAACGGAUUAGCAAAAUGUGUGGAUUGGAGUAUCACCAUGGCCACCGACGGACCCUUACCCCUGAGAAACGCAGAAAAGCUUGCCAAAGAGAAGAAAUUACGUCUCUGGCGCGAUUUUGUGGCCAAGGAAAAGACUAAUGACAGCGAAUUCGAUGCACACGUGGUCAAGAUUGUGAAUGGAGACACAUUGAUGGUAAAGACAUCAUCUGGCGUUGUAAGAAAGAUUCAGUUGGCCAGUCUGAAGCAGGCACCUAGAGGCACUGCUACUAGCGCACCUGGUGGUAGCUCGAAAUCCAAAGAUGUGCGAGAAGUCGGCUAUCAGUUUGAAGCGAGAGAAUUCCUUCGAAAGAAAUUGAUUGGCAAACAGGUUCAUGUUGUCAUUGACUAUCACAAACCGGCUCAGGACGGCUUUGAAGCCAAGGAUUGUGCUACAGUGGUGAUUGGUAAUAACUACAUCGCCGAACAAUUGGUGGAACGCGGUUUGGCCACUGUGAUUCGUCAUCGCAAAGACGACGAUAACCGAUCGCACCGCUAUGAUCAGUUACUUUUGGCCGAAGAAAAAGCACAAACGGGUCAGAAGGGUUUGCACAGUAACAAAGAGCAACCCAUUGUUCGUAUCGUCGAUGCUUCCGAGAAUGUUACCAAAGCACGCCAAUUUUUAUCCUUUAUGAAGCGCAGUGGCAAGGUGCAUGCGGUUGUGGAUCAUGUGGCGAAUGGUUCCCGUUUAUUCGUAUGGGUGCCCAAAGAUAACUGUCGUCUGACCUUUGUUUUGGCCGGCAUUCGUGCUCCUCGUGUGGGGCGUACUGCCAAUGACGCUUCCGAGCCUUACGGACCUGAAGCACUGAAUUAUGUAUCUGACCGCUGUCUGCAACAUGACGUGGAGAUUGAAAUCGAGAAUGUUGAUAAAACCGGAUCGUUUAUCGGCUCCGUGUUUGUCAAUGGAGAGAAUUUGGCGGUAUCUUUGCUGAAUGCCGGUUUGGCCACCAUUCAUGAAUUCAGUGCCAACGAAUCGCACUAUGCAAAUCAGCUGUUCACCGCGGAACGUACAGCUCGUGUGGAGAAGAAGGGAUUAUGGAAAGACUACAAUGAGGCCGAAGAGGAAGAAGCACAGGAAGAGAAAGACGAUGUGGUGAUGGCACCUCGUCGAGAAUACAUUGAUGUGGUCAUUCCCGAGUUCCUGAGCGGUUCUCACUUUUACGUUCAGGUGGUGGGACCUGAGAUCCGUGAAUUGGAGAAUUUGAUGUCGGAGUUAUCGCGCUACUUCAACGGCCGUCCGGCGGAAACCAUUCGUCCACGCAAAGGUGAUUUGGUGGGUGCCAAGUUUACCGAAGACAAUGACUGGUAUCGUGCCAAGGUCCGCAAAGUCACCUCCGACAGUGCCGACGUCCUUUACAUCGAUUAUGGCAACUCUGAAAUGAUUCCCUUGUCCCGCUUGCGAACGUUACCGGACCGAUUCAAGACGCUGAAACCUCAAGCUCAGGAAGCCGUCCUGUCGUUUGUCAAGAGCCCUGCCAAGGACGAAGAUUAUGGUAUCGAAGCUUACGAACGAUUUGUGGAAUUGGCCGGUGGUAAACAAUUGGUGGCCAAUGUGGAUGCUCGUGAGAAUGGUUUGCUGUGCUUGACAUUAUAUGAUCCUUCUCUUUCGAGCAAUGCCGAGGCGAGUCUGAAUCUGGAUAUGGUUCGUGACGGUCAAGCCUUGGUGACGCCUAAAGUACGCUAUGCUCGCGGCAAUCCCAUGCUGAAAUCGCUGGAAGAAGCCUCCGAAGCCGCCAAGAGAGAAAGACUUGGCAUGUUUGAAUAUGGUGAUAUUACCGCUACAGAAGACUAAAUUUUGCAUCCCUCUUUUUGCUGCAGAACCACGAUACUUUUUCCAUAAUAAAUUUCCAGGAUUCAUCA